AGUGGCGGAGCCUGCUUACUAGAAGGCCCGCUCUCUGUUUGGGUCCUUGUUGCCCUUUGUGGUCAUGUGAGUGUUGACUGACCUUUAACCUAGUAUGUGGGGGUUGCGAGUCGCCGCUCUUGGCACGUGAAGGCACAGUGACCGUUGGGCACUUGUGCGGCCACAGCUGGGUGAGGACGCAACGGGGAGGGUCCCCUUCCAGCCUAGACUGGCUCUAGUGUGGGGACCCAGACAGCACCUGGGUGUAGUGGAGGGGGGAGGGAAGACCUUGCGGCCCACCAGCUAAGGAAGCUCGGGGGGGGGGGGGGCGGUGAGGUGGGCAGCUCGGGCCCUUCGCGGUGAUCUGGGGCCUCUGAGAAUGGCGGGCGAUACUCCACUCUCGGAGGAAGAGAACGAGCGAUGAUGAUGUAACCGUAGAUCAAAAUCGGGGUUGAAUCUCGGCCUCUUGUAGCAUCGUUCUCACGUUGCUCCGUGCGUUAUCGAUUCUUUCUUAAUAAAAGAAGGCAUGGUCGCUUUUAGGGAAAUGUCUGAAAAACUACGAAGAUGCAGGAAGGAGCUGACUGCGGCCAUAGACCGAGCCUUUGAAGGAGCCAGGCAUUCCCAGGAGUGCACAGGCCCGCAGAGGCUGGACGCCCCGUCGCUCACCUCCCUGCCGGUGCACAGGCUCCUCUGCAGAAACCCACUGGCAGCUUGCCCCUCUGCCGCCCCCUGCCCUGGUGCCGCCUGUGCUCCUGAGAAUGAGAACCCUGCCUUUGCGCCACACCAUGUCCCCGUUAAUGCAAAGCCCCAGCCUCUGUACCCCAAAAGAAAACCUCUGACCAGCAAAGAAAACAUGCUGAUGCACUCUUCCAUUUUGGCACGUGAAAGACAGUUUUGGAGAGCUGCAGGAGAUGGGGAAAACUGGAGAAAAGAAAGUUUAAGGAAGGAUAUGGAGAGAGAUUUAAAAGUUGACCCAAACAUGCUGCUCAGCAGUUGUAGCCCAGAGGUCACAAAGGAUCUGCUAGAUAUGAUUGACCAUACAAGUAUUCGAACUAUUGAAGAACUGGCUGGAAAACUAGAAUUCGAAAAUGAAUUGAACCGUGUGUGUGGACGCUGCCAAGAUUCACCCUUCAAGGAAGAAGCCUGGGCCCUGCUUGUGGAUGAGAGCCCGCAGAAGGCUUUGGAUGCUGACCCUAGUAGCCUCAAGCAGGCUCUGGAUGAUCAGAACAUUGUUGAGACUGUUCUGGACUUGGAGGAGGACUACAGCUUGAUGACCUCUUUUAAAUAUCAGAUAGAGUGAGGAGAGUCAACUUUCAGCAGCCACAGUGGCAUCAGAAGGAGCCAGUCUCUACAAGGGGUGGGCAGGGCCUGAAUUGCCACAUCCUGUUUAAUUUCUGCUGAAUCCCAUUUUGAGCCAAGAGCCCAGGUUUUAAUAUUCUGUUAUUUUGAAAUGUUUGGAGUUUUUUGACUUGACAUUUUUUAAAGUGUGUUUUUGACUGGUGUUCAAUAUAUAUAUAUAAUUCCCUUCCUUG